CCUGUCACAGACUUCUACCAUCAAGAUAGAGAGAGGGAGGGAAGGGUGCCUGGGUUUCCUUUUCCAUGUAGGGCAGGAGACAGUGUGAGAGGAAGGAGCAGACGUGAGCCCACAUAGUAUUUAUGCACAACAAACCCUGGGAAAUCUCUGUGGAGAAGCUCAGCUGCCCACUCCUCAGGGUCCUCCUGGGCCUGAGGAUAAAUGUUUUCUAAUGAUGAAAACUGGGAGUACUCAGUGGAGUGCGGCCCAGCAGUACCACUCGCCAGAUGGGUUUUACAGUUUCAAGAACUUGCUAGUGGAGCUGAUUAGGGAAAGGGCAGAAUGAAUGUCUCUCCAGCAGGGCUUAUGGCAUGCUUUCCUCCUCUGUGCCACCCUCACAUAUGGCCACUCCAUGUCUCCCCUCGAAACAUUGAGAGCAAAGUGGAGGUUGGUCCACCUGAGUAUGCCCAGCAAGUGGGCUCAAGAGGACAAUUGACAGUUGCCAGGUGAGCAGAAGAAAAACAAGUGGAUUAAUGUGUGGGGAGAAUCAAGUGUAUAUUGAUACUUCUGGUGGGUAGAGACAGGAGAGACCCCUGCUUGCUUCAGCGGUAGGCCAGGCAGAGAAGUGGCUGCCCCCACGUGUAGGAGCACAGGCCAGGAACAGCUCCAGACCUUCCCUGUCAUGCCUGGGUAUUUAUUGCUUCAGCUUUUAUCUCUCUGGACACCUGUGCCUGCAGGAGCUCCUGUCCCAAGGUGCUUAAAGUUCUUGGCACUUCUGAUGAUUUGGAGAGAAAUUGGCAUGCUGAAUAGCAAGGAAUGAAAACUGCCCUAAACUAGAGUGCAAACAUGUUAGAGAUGUCAACAAAGUCAGAGCUGGCUGCUGGUGGCCUUGUGUGCUCUGUUAAUACAGCUGCUGCUGCCUGGAUGCUGACAGGUGUGGAGUACUGAGCUUCGCCUCUGGGUGGCAGCGUUGUGCAGUGUGGUCCUUCCUGAUGGAGUCCUAAAUGUGAAAGUAGAUGGUAUAGAGCUCUGAGACAGGAGCCCUGUGGUUGAAGUGUGGCUGGCCCAGCCAUCAGGGGAGCCCUUCAAUCUCAUAGCUCUUCUUGGGCCAAGCCCUCCAGACCGCCAAAGCUCCGAAGACAACAGCUAUUGGAGUGCCCACCUUGCUUAGCUGUCCCAGGCCCUGCUAGUCAACAUGGCUGCUGGGAAGGGGGCUGUACAGGGCCGUGCAGCUGAAAACAGGUGGCAGCUUAGUGAACCUGAGCAUGGCCAGAGCUGCAAGCCAGUGCUGCUGGAGAAAAUGAACCACCUGGGCUCUGAGGUUGUCAUGGACAUUGGUGGCCAGGACGAGUCCUAUGCUGAGCUGGCGCUGUCAGCAAUUCCGGGCAAGUUCAGCCUGGGAAAGCCACUGGUCCAGAAGGUGUGCUGGGAACAAGGGCAGAGCGCCUUCACAGAGGUGCCUCGGCUCAAGAAAAGGCUGGAGGACAGGCAGGCCAAGGAUAGGGAGGAUGAUGACAUCACAGGCCAGCCUGGCCCCCAGGAGCUGACUCAGGAUGUCCCCAGGGAACCAGCUGGCAGCAUUGGCUUCUCUGUGUGGCCCAACAGAGCCCAAGGUGAGCAGAGAAGCGCCUUCAGCAAACCAGCCAGAUGUCCAUUGGGGAGACCUGGGCCAAACUCGGUCUUCCAGGCAGGCAGACCUGCAGAUGCCCUGGGGGAGCUGUUGGGACUCAUCAAGACAGUAGAUGUUCCUUGUUGGGGUCAACUUUCAAAUUCCAAGCUUUUGGUGGGUGAUUUCUGGAACCUGCAAACGUUGCCACAGAAUGCUCCUCUCUGCAGUGCUUUCUUGGGUGCUCCCACGCUGUGGCUAAAGCAUGCCAUGGCCCAGAUAUCCACACCCUUGUCAUCCUCCUUCACGCCCUCAUGGGCCUUCCUGCCACCCACAUUCACCUCCCUGGGCUUAUCCACCCAGAACUGGUGUGCAAAGUGCAACCUCUCCUUUCACCUGACCUCUGACCUGGUUUUCCAUAUGCGGUCCCACCACAAAAAGGAACAUGCAGGGCCUGACCUACAUUCUAAGAAGCUGAGAGAAGAGGCCCUCGCAUGCCCCAUUUGCCAUGAGUACUUCCGGGAGCGCCACCAUCUUUCGCGGCACAUGACUUCUCACAGUUAACAAGCUGUGGAACAAUCUCUAGGUGCAGUGUUCAGCAUUUGCCAAUGAGGCAGAGAUGCCUCGCCGUGGCUUCCCUUGAAGAGGCUGUUUGCAGUUGUCUGCAGGGCUGUCUACAUUGGAGUGUGUAGAUGAACGGCUAGGUCAUAAUUUGAGAAAGACAGCAUUUGGUUGUGAUGUGUUUUGAAGUAAAUAAUGUCAUGAAAUAAAAUGAUGCUCUUUGCUAA